AUGCGGCACGCACUUAGUCUGAAGGUACGUCAUUUUCCUUCCAGACCCUCUGAAGUUGGCUGGUCGAACAGGCGAUUUCAGGCGCCUCAAAAGCAGGCGUCUGGUUUUUUCAGGCGCCUGUUCGACCAGCCUACUCUGAAGCCAACCUGUUUCCUUUUUCAGGCUACCAAUACAGCGCACGCAAAUGCAGCGACGAACAAGGAAAAUGCCAAAGAUGCGCCACAAAUGGGAGGGAAACUGACUCGCCAGAUCGGAAGCUCCAACUUGCGUCGUGAAAUGCUUCCUGAAAUGGAAAAGAUGACGAAAGCGGAGCCACUCAUCCAGACGAAUGCGAAAGAGAACUUUGAAGUGUAUGAAGAUCCUGUUGAAGAUCCCGAUCCGUUGCCUUCUGAAAAUGGGCCGAGCAAAGACAAUAACAUGAUUCAUUUGCUGGAACGAAAGAUGGAACGAAAGGUAUGAGUGAGAGUGAGAGUUGCUGAAACAGCUAUCGGUUUCAGAGUCGCGAACAGGAUGCCAAAAAGAAAACGAGUUUUGAAGAAGACAGAAGCAGGUUCCUGACGACUCGAAAUAACAGCGAAAUCAUGUCGGUCUACUCGGAACCAGCGUCGGAACUGCGUGGAGGAUCAUCUGUCACGUACGAUGACGACGAUUGCGACGUGAGUUAUCAGUAUUCCCAAGAUAUUUAGGAAACGUUUUGGUUUUCAGAAGGUUUCCGUAGCAUCAUCCACGUUCACAACCAUCCGAGCAUCCUUCUCACUGAUCAAUUUCGAUAAGAAACAGAAGGAAAGCGAAAAGAAGAAAGAAGAAGCGGCAGCUAAGGAAGCAGCAAAAUUGACGGAGAAGAAGAAGAAAGAGAAAGAAGCUCGCGACGAGAGCAUGUUCACUUCGGAAGAAUACUUCGGAGACGUCUUGAAGUACAUGAUGAGCCGACAGAUGAAGUACCGGGCUCCGCACAAUUACAUGCAUAAACACAUUGAUAUCAACGAGGACAUGCGGACGAUACUCAUCGACUGGUUCCACGACGUCGUCAGAGAGUACCACCUCCAGAAGGAAACUUUCCAUCUGGCCGUUGCCCUGGUUGAUCGUGUCCUUUCGUUCCUGACUGUCGACAGAGUGCAGUUCCAGCUUGUCGGGACAACUUCUCUUAUGAUAGCUUCGUGAGUCAUGCAUACGGUUUCUGAAAUACUAAAUUCCAUGUUUCAGAAAGUACGAAGAGAUCUUUCCUCCGGAAUCCGAGGAGUUUGCCAUCAUAACUGAUCACACGUACCGAUUGUCGGACAUUCUCAAGAUGGAGAAAUACCUUCUCCGCCACUUAGUGUUCAAUGUCUCCUCUCCGACUGUCGCGUGGUUCGGAGCGUGCUUCUGCAAAAGAAUGCAGUUCAAUCAGUGAGAACUACUAGACUUGAACACUUUAUCAGUCAAUGUUUUCAGGAAAAUGAGCAAAUCGGCCGAUUAUCUCUUGGAUUUGUCACUUCUCGAAGUCGACUUUCUUCAAUACCGUCCUUCCGAUAUAGCGGCCGCUUGUUGUUGCUUCGCUAACAUUCAGUACAAUUUGGAAGGCUGGCCGCAGAAGAUGACAGACGACACUGGAAUAAAAACGAGCGAUUUUGAGUUGAUUCUGAAAGAUUUGCACAGGUCAGUAUCAAGCUCUUGUGUACUCAGAUUUCCCUGAAUCUGCUUGUUUCAGACUGUACAUCUGUGCUUCGACAGCCGAUAACAAGUCCAUAUUCACCAAGUACAGCGAGCCAGAGGAGAAGGAGAUCGCCUUGAUUCCCGCCCCGACGGAUAAGCUCGGUGAGCUUUUCCCGAAUGUUUUCAGAGCCCGUAAGCCUGAAACCGACUGA